UUUUAUACACAGAAGUUAGCAGAGAAGGGCCGCUAGUAAUUAGAUUUCUAUGUGAAACAAAUCUUGGGAUUAUGAAGAAUUUUUCGCUGUUUAAACACGCAUUUCAUCACAUUUGCUUGUUCAUUAACCAUAGGUAUUAGAAAAGCCUGCGCUGUGUAAUAAAACGAACGGGCUGUAAUUGGGUGAUGCCGAUUGUAAGAUUAAUUUGUUGCUGUUUUAUGACAGCAGCCGUGUGUUGUGUACAAUUUUAAGGCAUUUAAAAAGACGAGCUUAAACUCAUUGCAUAGAUAGCAACAUUAUUAAACACAUUUUCCAACAGAAUUCUCCAAAUAUUAUUUUCUGGCAAAUUCUAACUGAACCAGAGAUUAAGUGAUUGAAAUGGUUCCUGUGAGUCUUGUCUUGUACAUUGGCAAAUUUAUUUCUGAUUUCUUAUGCCUCUUAACCAUCUUUCAACCAGCUGUUAAUUCUCUCGAUAGCCAUGCGCAAGAGCCCUUGCACCUGUUAAGACAGCUUUGAGGUUUCCAUGACAACAAUAUUCCCCAUUUCCAUUCACCAACGUUGACUGCAUCAGUGUUGAAUUAUCCCACGAAGGAAGAACAAGGGAAUCACGAGAGUAAGAGCUGGCGGGCUUGUGGCAGCAAAGUGUGUUUACUGCUUGUGACCAGUGAAACAAAAAGCAAUUGGUUGGGCUUGAAGCUCAUUGACAGAUGCUCUGGGAAAACCUGAAGGCUGUUUAAUCAAGAGGCGAUAAUCCUUUAUGAUGUAGAUUUUUAAAGACAGAUUUAUUGGCAUGAGUGAUUGUGAUUGAAACAUUUGUGAGUUGACAAAUUUAAUGAAUAGCAAAGAGUGCCUAAGCACGACGCAGAUUCAAUCAUGUGGUAUUCAGCAACUGUUUUCGAAAAUUUUCGCAAUGGAUUCACUGAUAUGGUUAAUGUCCUGCGAGACAAAGGCGAUUCAACUGAUGAAGAAGAAACCUUAUUCAAAAAAGAAGAUCUUGAAGAAAUGCCUGAGACAGCAAAAGUUUCGAAUUUGCAGACAUUUUGGAACAUUUUCAACGCAAACCAGGGCGUUGUGAUUUUAACCAUGCCGUUUGUUGUUCUAUGCGGUGGCUACCUGAGUUUGAUUGCAACUGCUACGGUUGCGGCUACGUCAAAUUAUACGAGCAAAAAAUUAAUCAAAUGCCUUUACGAGAAAGACCCGGAAACUGGGCUGCUUGUACGGAUGAGAGAAGGUUAUGAAGAAAUUGGUGAGGCCUUUGCAGGAGCGUUCGGCAGAUGGAUGGUGUACGUUGCCAUGAUAGUCGAACAGCUCUCCUACUGCACGUUACUUCUGAUAUUGUGCGGGUCAAUUCUGCACAACAGUUUCCCAGAUUCUGGCUUUAACAAAAUGCAUUGGUCUAUGCUGGCAUUUGUUCUUGUGAUCCCAAAUGCUUUCAUGGUGAAUCUAGGCCAGGUUGCAUGGGUGAGCCUUGUAACUGUUCUUGUUGGCCAACUAGUGUACAUCGUUGUCGCGGCAUACAGCUUUUACCACGCAAGUAGAUGGAGCGUGCACGAAACACCUCCGUUUGAGAUGGGAAAGUUCUUCAUUGGAAUGGGUAUCGUUGUAGUCAGUUACUCAUCGCAGCCUUACAUGCCAGCAAUACAUGGCAGCAUGCGUCACCCACGAAAAUACAGCACUGUGAUGAACAUCACUUAUUUUGCCAUAACAAUGGUCAAGAUUGUCUUCGGCAUAAUUGGUUAUCUCACCUUUAAGGGCGAAACACAACAGGUCAUCACCAACAACUUGCCACAUGGUCUAUUCAAGACAACAGUAAACAUGGGUGUCCUUGUGCUGGCCCUGGCCUCGUUCACAUUUCCAGCCUACACUGUUUUUGUUAUUAUUGAUAAAAUCACCCUGAAAAGGUCACGUGAUUGGCUGAUACGCAAGAUAAAAAGAUUGAAGGAAAAGGGGACCUGGGACGAAACAGGGAUUGAGGACGAUGAUGAGGACUUUGAUGACGAAGAAGAAAUGACAGAUAAAAAGUCAUUGAUUAAAGAGAAGAGAAUUGAUGAAGAGAAGCCAAGUAGAUGGAAGAGAGCUUUAGUGCGUUUGUCUCUAAUCACGGUGGCUUUGGCUGUUGCCAUAGCAAUUCCCCAUUUUGGACUGUACAUGGCACUGGUGGGCAGUUUCACAGGAAUGUGUUUAUCUUUCAUUUUCCCGUGCCUUUUUCACAUGAAGUUACAACAAAAUGAAAUGAAGAAAUAUGAAUUUUUUCUCGACACUGCAAUUAUUGCUUUCGGCAGUGUGUCUGCCGGCGUCGGCAUGUACUAUUCAUCUCUGGCAUUGGUAGAUGCCUAUUCAGGAGUUCAUUGAUACCUUGCCAGUAUUUUGCAAACUUAGACAAAUGUUGUCCUUAUUCAUUUACUGCAUCAUUUGUACCAGAAUUUUUUUGAGGCACUGAUCUCUAUCUCCUCUGAGGUGAGGUACUCUUCCGUGCCUAAUUAUAGGGAGGG